AUGGCCCCAUUAGAUCUUGGAUCCAAGGCUAGAUUCGCUCGACACGCAUCCAUCAAAUAUCAGCUACGACAGACCGUGGAUCCGCAUGGGUUUCUCCAGUCGUCCGUGAAGGCCAAGGAGCAUGUCGUCCUCCAUAAAUCAAAACGAGAGUGGCCUGUCUACGACACAGUACAAGGCAGGGAUAUGCUCGUCGCGAAACUCACGAAAGUUAGCGUCCGAACUGAACAAGGUGCCAAAGAAGAGCUGCAGAUAUCACGGGAAACCGAAGCUUGCGCCGUUUAUGUUGACGGAGCGGAAGUCGCUCAUCACUGCGUCCAUACAGUGAUCCCGGACGCUAGCGUACGGAUUAACAAUGUCGAUUACAUCUAUCACUGUUUGAAAAAUAUUCCAGAGUAUCCUCCAGGACUUGAAGGAUAUAAUGUUCGAACUGAGAUCGGUAAAGGAGGCGAAGCAGUCGUGAUGCUUGCCAGUUGCAAUGCUACUGGCCGUGCGGUGGCGAUCAAGGGCGUACGACUACAUAUUGGUUCCUUUCACAAACUCAAGGACGAUAUUCGCCGAUGGGAGGGCUUUAUUCACCCGAACUUAGCGCGGUUGAUGGACUGGUGUCGUGAGGCAUCCCAUGUAUAUUUUGUCUCUCCAUUGGCUCGCUUUGGGAGCCUGCACGACUACGUCGAACAGGAAGGGAAGCUCUCCGAGGAUCUUGCUCAGCCCGUCAUAGCGCAAGUGAUCGAAGGACUCUUGUAUCUGCAUGGAGAAGGAUUCUUACACGCUGACGUCAAACCUGAUAACGUCCUGGUGUUUGAUAAGGACAGAAGAGGCGUCCUCACAGUCAAAAUGUCGGAUUUCGGUCUCACGAUCCCAACGGACAAAGAUCCGGACCGCAUAAUUGGGAUGGGUGGAACUGCUAAUUGGGCUCCUCCUGAAGUGAAAAGGGGUAUGUAUAACGAGCGCAGCGAUGCAUACGGGGUAGGAGGAAUCAUGUUCUUCGUACUGUUCAGGAAAAUGGUUUUUCACAUCAACCCAACGCUACUCACCUUGGAAGCACGGCUAGCAGGGAGGCGCUUUCAGAUCGAAGAUAUCAGCACACUGCCUGUCACCGCAGAAGCUCGAGAAACAUUGGGCGGUUUGCUCGAGAACGAUCAUGGUCAACGUUGGAGCCUUCGCAAGGCCCGCGACGCACGCUGGCUCCGAACAUGCGUGCUUCCUCCUGCGAACGUUGGACCCUUACCCUUCAGCAACGCAUUAUCUCAAGAAAUGGCCGCCAAAUACCAGGAGAAAAAUGACCGGCGCCCGUCAGAGCGCAUAACCUUCGCAUAUGAAGAGUCGCAAGUGCGACCGCCCGCGGACCUCCGGCAACAGACGAACGCGCAACCAGAGGACCACGGCGAGCCGCGCAACUCGUACGAGCGGAGGGUGCUUGCGAGCUUACGGCGCCAAGCGCUGCUUGAUCCAAGGCCAGCACGGCCUCAGGAAUGCCCUCCAACCGAGGUUUGCUCGCAGCAGCCUCUGACCAACGCGAACCCAGACGCUAUACCCACCCGUACGGCCGGCCGCAACCAGGAUGCCGCCGCCGCGAAGGACGAACCCGCUGAGGUCGACGGUGCCGCCACCUGUUAUCGCCCGAUGGUCCUCGAUCCUAUCCCUGAGGAAGGCUCGCUCGUAGAGGUGGAAGCCAUGCUUGUUGAAUCGCAGUCAGCAUCCGGCAUACCCACUCCCCAACUGGCUCGCGCGCGACCUCGUAGGGCUGGCCCAUCCGGUCCAUCUCCAGGGUCAGGUCGUCCAGUUCCUCGUCGAUCCAAGCGCAUUCGCCAGAAGGUCGCCCCCUUCAACACAGGUGGCGCGACCGUACUGGAGGCUGACGGCGUGGAGAUGGAAGAUGGUCAGAAAAGGAAGAGGGAAAGCGCUCGCCUCAAAGAGAGCAAGAAGCGCAAAACAGAAUGA